AUGGAUGAACAACAGCAACAACAAGAUCAUCAUCACAAAGAGCUUCAGCUUUUACCUUCUCCACCGUCGACGGAAUCUCCUUUAAGGAAACUCCGACCAACAGUUACGACAACUGAUCAUCACCACCAUUCGUCCUCCAUGAUCCACCACGAUCUCGACCUCAAACUAUCCAUCAACCUCAGCACAAUCCCAACGGCGACGGUGGAGCAUCCAAGCGGUGGAGGCGGAGGAGGAGGUGUGGAGGCGCUGAAGUGGCAGGCAGCGGAGCAGAUAAGACUGGCUGCGAUAGAGAAGGCUUACGCCGAGAGGGUCAGAGAAUUGACUCGCCGUGAGAUGGAGAUGGCUCAGUCUGAGUUUGCACGUGCAAGGGUGAUGUGGCAGAAGGCAAGGGAGGAAGUGGAAAGAGCAGAGAGAUUGAAGGAGAGAUCAAUGACGAAGAUCGAUACGAGUUGCUUGGAGAUCACUUGCCACUCUUGCAGGCAGAGGUUUAGGCCUUGA